CUCUUAUACAGACAGAGGGCUCUCAGCCUUUCUCCCAGCUAGGGAAGCGGGGUGUGCCGCACUAGGCUGAACUCGGUCACUUUCAGUAAGAAGAGUUUCAAACCAAACGAUGGGACGCCCACGGCGCCACAUGGUCCCGCUGCCGGACGAGGUCGAUAGUUUUUGACGGGUUCGGGCCGUCUUCAUUUGACCCAGGGUAACAACAUGGCCUACAGGAAGGUACGUGCAGGUCAUGGGGGCCCUUUGCACUCACGGACACUGGAGAACGUGGAACUGCAGGCCACAGCCCUGGAGCUGGAGUGGGACAUGGAAAAAGAGCUGGAGGAGCCAGGCGUGGACAGGUUCCAGUUGGAGGCCUCAGAGUGCCACCCAGUGGGCAACUCCAGUGACGGUGCUGACCCAGACAUGGAGUCCAUUCAGCCUUCUAUUUCCCCACGCGGCCGUUUUGAGCGCUUGGAGGAAGACACUGACUACAUGACACACUUCACCAGACCCUUGCCAAAGAGCCAAUGGAGGACCUUCUGUCCACUGACCAGAUACACCCUACUGGGCGCAGGCCUCUUCAUCCUUGGGCUGAUCCUCGGUCGCUACACACACGUCACCCCGAGCCAAACGUCCAGUCCUCCUCCAGACAAUGAUCUCUACCAAAAAAUCCUGCAGGAUAUAACUGCAGAGAAGAUACAGUCACAUAUAAGGGCUUUGAAUGCAGUAUCUACUGAAGACGGGGAGUUAUCCAGAGCACUUUAUCUUUUCCGCCAGUGGACAGACUUGGGCUUAACGAAUGUCUACUUGGCCAAUUACAGCGUUCUGCUCAGUCUGCCUGGCUCUUCACCAGGCACAAUCAUUGAUAAGACCAGCAAAAAAUGUUACCUUCCUGACGGGGACGCGUGCAACCCUCUGAAUCUUGAGACCAUCACCAGUGACCAGCUUUUCUCCUUCGCUGCCUAUUCUGCCACCGGAACCCUGGAGGGUGAGAUGAUCGACGUUCAGUACGGAAGCACAAGAGAUUUAAGUCAAGUCAGUGCUUCUAACCAAGGUACCAACAGAAUUGCACUUUUGAAACUGGGACAAGCACCCCUAAUUUAUAAGCUCUCGCUUCUGGCUGAUGCCGGCUUUGUGGGGGUACUCACCUAUGUUGACCCUUGUGACCUGCCCAGCCAGCAAAGUCAGGAAGAUAAAGCCUUUGGCAUCACUCUGAACGCAGGAGGCGAUCCGUCCACUCCGAUGGAGCCCAGCAUCUCUGGAAGUUAUCGGGAACUGCGAAAAAACCUGACCUCAUUGCUUGUCCAGCCAAUCGCAGCUUCUCUGGCCAGAGAGCUGCUGUCUGGGUUGCCCUUUGAACGUGGAAUCCCCUGCACUCGACUCUCCAUGUCAGCCACGCCAGGCAGAAGAAACAUUACAUUAAAAAUUGGAACAAAGGCUGAAUACAAGACGAUCUACAAUGUAAUUGGAUACUUGAAAGGGGCAACCAAUCCUGAUCGAUAUGUGCUGGUGGGCGGUCGCCAUGGUAGAUGGUACCAGGGCAAUGGGGCCGAGUGGAUUGGGGGCGCAGCUGUCAUGACCCAGAUCAUUGCCUCCCUGACCAUGCAAGCCAAGCAAGGUUGGCAGCCUGACCGUACCACUCUUUUCUGUUCGUGGGGAGGAUCUGAAUUCGGCAAUAUUGGCUCCUUUGAGUGGGGAGAGGAGAAUCGGGUGGUGUUGCAGAGCAGUGCUGUCGCCUACAUAAGCCUGCACCAUCCAGUAAGAGGAAAGGGAGUUUUACAAUCGGUGACAUCUCCCUCCCUGUUGCAACUUAUCUCAGACAUUCACAAGAAAUUCCUGAAUUGCUCGCGAGGAUCGAGCUGCCCUGGACCGCGUAUCAGCUCCGUGCAGAUUCCGGGGGAUGGGACCUUCUUUGCCAACCAGCUGGCUGUCCCAACUGCUGAAUUUGCAUUUCAAGAUACCGGGACAACAGAGAAAACAAGCUUCCUCCACGAGGCCCUUUUUCCUGAUGAUUCAUCAGCCGAACUCUUAGAUCCCUCCUCCAGCUUAUAUGAGACAGUUGCUAAGGCUACUGGGGAAACCAUUCUGCACUUAGUGUCUGACCCCGUGCUUCCAUUUUAUCCCUUGGAUGUCGCCUUGGAUGUUCAAAACAAGCUUAAUGAUGGCAAAAUGGGCGCAGAUGAGCUGCUGGCGAAAGCCGCUUCUCUGAGGGAAAGCUCCGCGUUCUUCCAGUCGGAAAUGAUGCGUCCAGCAAAUGAUCCGAAGGAGCGAGAUCCCUCCCAUGUGCGUAUGCUGAAUGACGUACUGCAGAAGCUCGAAAGGAGCUUCACCAUCGCUUAUCCUCCUCCUGGAUUUUAUAGGAACAUACUGUAUGGACUGGAUGCACGAGCCGUGCAGUUCUCCAUCCUGAAGAACGCCGAUGACAUGCAAAGUCCCAGCAAGCUUAAUCAGUCCCUGUCCCUGAUUUUAAAUGCCAUCAACUCUGCUGAGACGCUGAUCAGAAGUGGGCUUGACCUCUUUGAGAAUGACCCCAAUCGGACAAGCUGACAUAUCCCAAGCCCAAGCUCACGUUCUGAAGUAUGUCGGUUCUCUGUGAAGACUGACAGACUUGUUCUAAACCGCAGCCCUUUCGACGUUGAUUUAUAUAGUGUAGAGCAGGUCAGUGUGGACAAUGAAGCUUGAAGAAAGUAGUAUUUCCUGUUAUGAGUGAAUGUAUUUGUAUCUGAAACAUUCAGGGCUUAUGACCAGUUGUUAAUUGAUAGAUUCUUCAUAUUCUUUUCACCGAAAUCACUGACUGCUCUGCAUUUGCAAAUGCAUUUUCCUUACUAGAGUAAUAGAAGCAAUGCCAAAACAAUUGCACUUGAUAGCCCAAAGGCUGCAGCAAAAAACAAAAAAAAAUAAAUAAAAAAAUCAUCCUACAGGAAGGAGAUCUGAGGACCCACAGAAACAUAUAGAUUGCACCAGCUAAGUAAAUCUACUUGACAGAAGCCUUGGAAGAUGUAACAGAUUGGCAUUUACCACCUCUGAAUGCAAUCUAUAGAGCAUUACAACAUAUCAGUUGUCAGAGCAUUUUCCAGAGCUCAGACGAAUCUUGUGACAGUUUAAAAUUUGGAGGAAAAAAAAUAUUCCUCUGACAUGCUGUGUUCUUUAGGAUGUGUUUAAACACAUUCAUUUUAUAUAUAUAUAUAUAUAUAUAUAUAUAUAUAUAUAUAUAUAUAUAUAUAUAUAUAUAUAUAUAUAUAUAUAUUAAAAACAACGUGAAUGAAUAUGCACUGGUAGGCCAACUCUGGUUUGUAUUUCUAACUACUAAUAACAAAAUAAACGCAACGUACAAUAAUCUUUUAAAUCCCGGCAUUUUCUGGAAGCACAUACGCCAGGUCUUAGUGUGCCUUACUAUCACAUCUGUGAUGUUGUGAUGUUUUACAACAAGCAGGGUGACAUAUGUUGGUGGCGUAAAUACAGGUAACGUCACAGGUUAACGGGAUGUUUGAAACGAUAUGUGUGCAUGCUGAUUUACGCCUCACCCACUGGACUGAAAACUGACCUAAGGAGAUAAAGAAAAGAAGCACAGGCCUUGAGAUCGCUCCGCCCGUGCUGUACAUAACUCCUCCCUCUUGCAUGCUGUUUAAUAUAUAACAGACAUAGCAUUUCUUGAGCUUGCCGGUAUUUUGCUUUGCCUACUAUCCUAUCAUUUUAUAGAUAUUACCUAUAGUAUGCCCUUCAUAAAGCAAUACUUCCAUAUGUACCUGUUAAAAGGCAUGUUAAGUUUCCAUAUGUUAAAUUGCACAUAGCUAUAAAGGAGUUAUGUGAUGGAGAACUGGAGUCUGCAAAUGUUCGGAUUAAGGUAGAAGUUUUGAAAUGAAUCAUGACACUUGUGUUGCAUAUCUGUUUUACAUUUUAAUAUUUAACAUUUGUGUCAGAAAACAUGUAUAAUUCAGUUGCUUAGGUUGUUCUGGUGUGAAGACUUGUUGGAAUUUUACAAGUGAUACUGAAAGUAACAAGGAAGAAAAAGGUUUUACUUGACUUGAGCUUUUCAAAAGUACUAUAAGAGGCCACUAAAAGACUACGUUCAGGGAAACCAUACUAAGCUUUAAAUUAUGAAUGUGCCUUUAAUUAAAACAAAACUGCUUUAAAAAUCUUGGAUUGUUAUUAGUUAUUUGAUCAUAUGUAGUCAGUGCAUUUUAUUGAUAUUACCAAAAAGCAGAGUUUUUUGGAUUUUUGGUUUACUUUAUUAACAGAUUUCUAAAUUUCCAGUUGUGCAAAUAUAAUCAGUAUUUUAAACAACAUUUUCAGUAAGGCACAUAAAUGACAUUGGAUUCGAUACACAUUUAAUGGUUAAAACUUACUAAUGCAUCAUGGUCAGUUUCUGUGUUCCUUUUUUUAAAACACUAGAUUAUUGCAUAUUUAUGCAAUCACAAUGCAGUGCUGAAAUCCAUAAUAUAAAAUACAUUAGUCUAAUUAAAAAUUUAAAUUAAUUAAAUUCAACUGUGAAUUGUCUUAAUUUUGCAAAUCAUUCGACAUGUCAUUAUUUUUCUUUAACUGGAUCACACAGUCAAGCUGAUUUAUGUUAUUUGAACACGAUAGUGUAAAUAAUUUAUUUAUAUUGUAAAGUAUUUAUAAGUUAUGUUGUUGCAUAGAAUUUGGUAAAUAAUCACUUUUUGAUAUAUAUUUUUUUUAAAUAUAUGAUUUUUACAGUGAUUGGUUUAUGAAGAACAAAAUUAUUACCUAAAGAGUCCAAACCUGAGCAUAAAAAUGAUUUAAAAAUCACAUUUACAAAUUGUAAACUCAUUGUUUCCAAUUGAAUGUAAUUAAAGAUUGUCCAGAUGUGUGGGUCUAGUCUUGGAUAUUUGAUUUGUGGAAAUGUUUGGUGUGAAUUUGUGUAAUAUAUAGCAUAUGAUCAAAUAAAUGAUUGUUAAUAUACGUAUCAUUAAACAUUCUGAACACCAGCAGCUAUUUAAUAACAUUUAUGUACCCUGCAGUUAUUGUCGGGGCCAAACUUCUUGUACCGAUUUUACUGUUUACUGUGUCUAUUCUAAACGAACUUCAGUGGAACGUUACAAUGCACUUAUUUGAGAAAAUUCAUCUCUGGGCAAACUUUAAAUUAUAGUGAGACGAUUUGCUGUGUUUUGCGUAACGGCAUAUCAAAGUGCUUUCCUUAUGCAUUAGUGAUCAAACAGAAUGACUGUAGUGCCCUUAAUAUGUGUAAAUAUUAUGUCAUAUUCCUUUUUGCAAGAAUAUAAUUUUUGUUUGUGUUUAGUAUUUUCAUUAUUCAUUGAGAUGCUCAGGCGGUGAGCAUCACAUUUUUGCAUGCAGGGUCAAUUUACUUUUCAUUUGGAUGUGUGAUAUUUCAAUUAUGAUUUAAGAUGAUAGAGAUGUCACAUACAGGCAUGCAUGUCGCUAACACAUUGCAACUGGAGCUAUUUUUGUACAUUGUGCAUUGUAGUAUAUAAAUUCAACUAUUCAGUUCAUUGUCAAAAUGUUAAAAAUAUUUAGAAAUGUGCAAUGCAAGCAGUGCUGAAGUAUGUUAUGCCCUUCUAACUGCGUGUUGGUUACAUUAUGAUUGUUGAGCUUUGUGAUUUUUUCAUGUCACCUUCUGUCCUGCACUUCUUACACGUAAGUUUAAAAUUCAGAUAAGCUCCUGCGAUUAGUGUAUAUGUAGUAGUUAUUUUAUUUGGUACAUGAGAUUCUAUACCUUUCAUCAAGCAAUAAAUGCAGUUUUGCUAGGCA